AGGCCAUCGAUGACGACUGCAACCAGACCGGGCAGAUCCUGGCCGCCAUGUUGGACUGGCCGCAGGGCACGUUCGCCUCGCGGGUGCAGCUGGAGUCCGGGGCCGUGCGCGUGGAGCGCGAGGUGGACGGCGGCCUGGAGACGCUGCGGCUGCGGCUGCCGGCCGUGCUGACGGCCGACCUGCGGCUCAACGAGCCCCGCUACGCCACGCUGCCCAACAUCAUGAAAGCCAAGAAGAAGCCGCUGGAGGUGAUCCCCGCGGCCGAGCUGGGCGUGCCCGCGGGCGCCCCCCGGCUGAAGGUGCUGCAGGUGCAGGAGCCGCCCCCCAGGGCCGGGGGGCAGAAGGUGGACAGCGUGGAGAGCCUGCUGGGGAAACUGAGGCACGCCGGCCGCAUCUGAGAGUCCCAGUCCAUCCCAGUUCACCUCAGUGCCUUCCCAGUCCAUCCCAGUGCCACAGGGAGGGGAGAGCACGGAGAGCCUGCUGGGGAAACUG